AUGUUGCGCAUUGGGUUAGAUGCAGCUCUUGAGGCCGAUAUUGUUUCCGAAUUCAGUUUUGGUACAGCCAUUGGUGCUAUCAACGCGUGGAACGACAUGAAGGAAUUGAGCAUGGUAACUGUGAAUGAUGAAAUGGCAACUUGGAUGCCACUUUUCACUAAUUUCCCUGGCCUUUUUAACAUAUUAAGUAUGUUCAACUUUGCCCUCAAGUGGGCCACUGGGUAUCAACUCCCAAACAGUCAGCAUAUUCAAGACUUUCGAAAUUGGGCUGAAAGCGCUUGGGCCAGUGCUCUUACGGAAGACACUUCAUUUAAAUCCAACUUGAUAUAUACGUUGACACAAUCGGGUCUGCCUCCAGAAACAGCGCUCUCUGAGGCCAAAGAAAACCUUGGCCCGGGAACGGAUACUACUUCCGCAACUCUGGCGCACAUUAUUUGGGCCCUUGGCCAGAACAUUCGAUUCCAAGAUCAAUUGUAUGAAGAUCUUGAAAGCAUCGGCUUCCCAACAUCAAUUGCCAGUCUAGAAGUGGUACCAAAACUACGAGCAUGUGUGAAAGAAGGCAUUCGCUGGGCCGGCGCUGCUGCGGUUAUGUUGCCUCGAGUUGUCCCACAAGGCGGAGUCGAGCUUCAUGGGAAGUUCAUCCCUGAAGGAAUUAUUCUGUCGUCUUCUCCCAUUUGGUACCUACGCGAUCCUAUUGCGUUUCCAAAUCCUAAAGAAUACAACCCAUAUCGAUGGCUCACGCCAGACGGAUCUGAAAAUAGCAAGAACCAGUUGAGAGACGACUUUUAUAUACCCUUUUCAAGAGGAGCGAAUACAUGUAUUGGAGCACAGUGA